AUGAAUUUUUCAAGUUUUGUUAUACUAUUAUUAAUAGUUCUAGUGUUUUCAUUGGCUAUGCCUUUGCUUUCAAAUAUUGGAACUUUUAAAGUUACUAAAAAUGACAAUAAAAAAAUAACUAACAAAGAUAAUAAAAGUAGAAAUUUAAAAUUUAACUUGAAGGAUCAAACAAAGGCAACUGCUUUUUCUUCAAAUAGAGCAGGUAAAUUAGAAACUGAUCAAAAAACCGGAUUGAAAAGACGUGUCAUUGCAAAAUACGAUUCCGAUCCAAACAGUUUUGAUUUUGAUGUUGACGAAUUGAUCAAUGAAGAUUUAAAAGAAGAACUAGAACAAGAACAAAAACGUUUGGAACAAUUCAAUAGUAAAAGCAAUGAAGAAAUAGAUGAAUUAGUUUAA